AUGGAGUCCGCACAACCUCUACCUCUGGCGGAGAGUAGGGCGCUUUUGACUCGGCUGCGAGCGAGACCGGAGAACAGGUUCUGCUUCGACUGUGAGGCACACCACCCGACUUGGGCGUCAACCUCGUAUGGCAUAUUUCUCUGCAUAGACUGUGCCGGACUCCAUAGAAACCUCGGGACGCACCUGAGCUUUGUUCGAUCGACGCUUAUGGACUCGUGGACGCCUGAACAGCUGUGGCGCAUGACUGCAGGCGGUAACGAACGAGCGCGCAGCUUUUUCAAGGCGCACCAAGCGCCAAUGAGUGGUUCGCUCUCGCAAAAAUACUCAUCAAGAGCAGCGUACCUGUAUAGAGAGCGGCUCAGCCGCGAAGCAGAGCAGGUUCGUUUGGCACACCAGGACACCCUGGGGUGCGUCGGUGUCGCUCCGGAACCCGCACCGUCAACGCCCAGCGCACCGGAGCAGCCGCUGCAAUCAAAGCGCUCAGGCCAACGAGAGGCUGCAGUUGCCAGGCAGGUAGUCCCUGAAACAGUGGAUGCAACCCAGACGGAGCUGAGAACGGCGACUACCAACGGUGCGGGAAGCGGAGAUCGCGACGCCGUGCCAUUGCAGCCGUCGAGUAGCACAUCUGUUGGGGCAAGAACUGAAGAGCGUUUCUCGCAGUCGACUGCAAGCACUUUGUCCGAUGAUGCCACGCGGUUCGUCACAGCGUCAGUGGCAGGGAAUUUGUCGCAAACGAGAACAGGUGCGUCCAUGAAUGGGGCACCAAACUGGACAAGUAGGUCCGCAGCGCCCCGACGAACCGGGUCUCAUGGGUUGGGUGCUCGACGACUCGGGCCAAGUUUCAGUGCUGGCUGCAAAAAUACGAGUACGAACAUGAGUAAUGCCGUUCAGAUAGAGCGUCCAUCCGGUGGAUCAGUCAGCGCUGGUACCGCCAUGGCGUGCUCUGCGAGCGGAAGCGCUGCGCUGCCCCAAGGAAGCAGCAGAGAUGCCUCUACGCCAGUGUUUGAAGCACAGCGCACUGGGACGACGCCGCCAAGGGCAUCGCUUUUGACAGGAACGGUUGUCACUGAGACUGCUGUUUCCGGGUUUGUAACUGCAACACGACAAGGUGCUGGCAUAGGCGAUCCGCCUCAAAGACAGCUGGAUAUCGAAGCCAAGGGGCCUCCUCUUGCAGUUCAGCCGACUCGCGAUUCCGCACAGAUCGCCAAGCAGAGUGUCGAACGAGCCGCUUGUGAGUCGCCGCAAACAUCCAUGGCGUCAAGCGCUGACUGGAGAGACAAGCUUCGUCACGCGAAAGCAGUCUCAGCGGCAGACGUUCGUGGUCAAAGCGAUCGAAUGAUGGUCUUACAGCUUGCUGACGAUACUUCCGCUUCCGCAGCUGGGGCAGGGCCAGCUCGAAUCUCCGGCAACAACGCUGCUUGGGCGGUGUCUUCACAGGCGCGUGCAACGCCGAGUCGUUCACCAAGGACCCCGACCCUUGAGACGGUAGGCAGCGUUGUGCGAAACGUCAGCAAGCGUCUCAGUUCAACGGUAACGGAGCUCUUCGAGGACCUGGACCGUAGCGCUUGA